UCCUCCCCCACCACCCAAUUACUCCUCAUAACCAAAUUUCUUGGCUUCCCUUCAUUUUGCUAAGUUCCUCCCCAAUAAAAAAACAAAAAUCAUCUUCAUCCUCUUUUUUUUGCCUCUUCCAGCCUGUUCUUUUCAUAUUUCUUUAUUAUCCUUCUCUAAUGAUUUGCCACCAUUUUCAUUAUUAAAUUCUCCUCUCAUUUUUUUUUUUUAUUGUGCCUCCUUCCUAUCAUCCUCCCCCCCUCUCUAUUUAUCUAUUCUCCCUUCACCCUAUUUGUUUUCCACAAUUAAAUUUUAUCCUCAAUAAUUGUUUUUAAGCUUUGAUAUCGAAGAGAAAUCGAGAUAAUUAUGGCGGAAGAACAUGGAUUUGAAGCACCAGAAGGACAUAAUAUAUUAUGCGCUAACAACUGUGGUUUCUUCGGCAGCCCAACAACCCAAAAUUUCUGCUCCAAAUGUUACCAUGAAGUUUAUCUAAAAGGGGGACAACAAAAACCUAUUGAUUCUCUCUUUCCUCCGCAGCUGCCGGUACCAUCGGCGAGCUCAUCGGUACUGGUGUUGUCGGAACCGGCAACCGUAGAGGAAAAAAUGGAGGUUGUGGCCGCCGCUGCGGUUCAACCGGUGGUUGCGCAGCCAAAUCGGUGUUCGAUUUGUAGGAAGAAGGUGGGAUUAACCGGGUUCAAGUGUAGAUGUGGGACAACGUUUUGUGGGACCCAUCGGUACCCGGAGAUCCAUGGCUGCUCGUUUGAUUUCAAAUCUACGGGGAGAGAAGCCAUUGCUAAGGCGAAUCCGGUGGUUAAAGCUGAGAAAUUGGAGAAGAUAUAAUCACAGCCGUUGGAUUUAGAUGAUGAUUUCUCGUCGGAAAAUGACGUCAUGUGGAUUAAUUUUAUCAAUCAUGGGGACCAAAUUGAAAAGAGAGAAAAAUCUUGGGAGUGUCCCAUUGUUGACAAAAAAAAAAGUGAAUUAAUUAGUGUAUAUUUCUUUUUGACCCUUUUUUUUUUGUUGUUAUUUUGAUAUUUUUAACUUUUGCUUGAGAAAAUAAUUUAUGGUUUGGCUUGUUCUGUAGAUUCAACUUUACCAUCUUUGGAAUUUGGAUAUUCUCCA